AAGUGCAUCCCUUUUGGAGCUACCUGUGGUCAAAAAAGCACUUUUUCUAAAUGACACGAGUAAUUUUGCUAAAUAUGACACACAUUGCCAUACAUUCACCAAAAAUAACGUUAUCACCAAAUUUUUUUUUUUGCAUGGUAAAUAGAGCUAUCACAGGGCUACAAUAAACAACCAAGUUUAUUUAGUCAAGCCUUUUGAUAUUGAAGAUAAGUGUUAAAUGUGAUUUUUAGCUUGCGUACCCUGAUUGUAAAACAACCCAUAAAGGUUAUUGUGAGGGUAAGAAUCUCUGCUUUUUACAUUUUUGUAGAAUUCUAGUCAGUUUGAAUUGUACCACAGGAAGUUCUUAUCUUUACAAAUCUCUGAACAAAGCCUGCACAUAAUCCGCGUCUUGUGCCAUACUGACCCAGAACUGAGUCACGUGAUCAUCAGGUGCUUGGUAUUACUACUAUUGUGCUUUAGAUCUGUUGAGUUUCAUGUUUGUUUGUUUUUUAAAAGUCCAGAGUAAAUACUACCAAAUUUUAAAAACUCUAAAUGUCCGUAUCGAGAAGAAGAGUGGUAGUGGUUGCUGCUUUAUGUCCCGGGGCUUCCUCAUGCCUGAGUUACCUUCUGGCUCUUAUGCUGUCAUAGUUAGUUGCUGGAGUCCCUGCUUGUACUCGGUGCAAUAUGUACUGUUCCUACUUAUUCAGGUGACAUUGGGCAUACCUAACAACCUGUGUCCUUCUGAGUUACAUGUCAGUCCUGGGAUCGAGACGCUGACCUCUUCUGCUCCUCGGACCUGCCUGAUCCAUCCUGGUCCCCUGUGUCUGGUUGGAGUUUCAUCGCAUCGCAUCGCUCCUGUAGAUGACGGCCCCAUGAGGAUAGUUGAAAGUCACACCUGGAAGACGCUCUGGACUCUUACGUUGCAGAGUUACUUUGCAGCUUGCGAAGAUGAGACACCGGCCAUCAGGAACCAUGACCGUGUUCUCCAGCGGUUAUGUGAGCACCUAGACCACGCUUUGUUAUACGGACUGCAGGAUAUAUCUUCAGGUUACUGGGUGCUUGUCUUACACUUUACACGACGAGAAGCCAUCCGACAGAUUGAUGAACUUCAGCACAUAGCCACCAACCUUGGCAGAAGUCGAGCAUGGCUGUACCUGGCACUCAGUGAAAGUUCUUUAGAAAGCUAUCUCCGUCUUUUCCAGGAGAAUCAAGCACUUUUGCAUAAGUAUUAUUUCAAGAAUGCCCUGGUUUGCAGCCAUGACCAUCUCACUUUGUUCCUUACACUCGUUUCGGGGCUGGAGUUCAUCCGUUUUGACCUUGAACUGGAUGUUCCGUACCUGGAUGUGGCACCUUACAUGCCGGAUUACUACAAACCGCAGAAUCUUUUGGAUUUUGAGGAGAGAUUGCCCAGUUCUGAUAGUUUGUCUCUGCACUCGUUCAACUCCACUAAUCUUGAGUGGGAUGACAGUGCCAUUGCCCCCUCAAGUGAAGAUUAUGAUUUUGGUGACCUCUUCCCUGUGUUGCAGUCAAUGCCAAGUGCAGACUGGGAAGAAGGAGAUCUAACCGACCCUGUCAGUGGCCCUCGCUCCACAGCCUCAGACCCCCAAACGGUAAUCAGCGACCCUGUGGUCAAAACAGCAGACACUCCAGUCAGGAGCACAUCUCUGUCACGCAGCCCCACGUUUCGCUACAACCCCUUUAAUGAAGACUCUGACACAAACACCUCGGCAGAUGUUACACCAGUACACACAGCCAGUCGCCGUGAUGGUCCUGUUGGGGAUGAUACAGAGAGCACCAGCACAGAGCUGGAGGUUAUUAGGAUGGUCAAAAGGAGGAAACCUGGUAAGAAACGCCGGGGGAGGGGAUCGACUGACUCUGUGAGCAGUGGCCAGAGCAUGCCCUCUCCUGAACAAGUAGAAACAGUGGAAUCCCUCCAGAUCAAAAAUGAAAGAAUGAAUUUAGAGGACGGAACGGCUGGGGAUGGUAACGACUCUCUGGACGGCUCAGUGCGAGCAGAGGACCCAGAACCCGUGGCCUUACUGAGGCUCCCUGAAAUGACGGACACCUCCAUGGACAGUGUAGGUCAGCCUCUCAGAGAUGUAAUGGACAGGUUAAAUGGGGCUCUGGAUGGAAAGAGCUGGGAAAAACAAGAUGAGGAAGAGGAGAUAGUGGAUGGUGUGACUGGUAAUAUUACAGUCACAGCUCCACUUCAGCAUCAGCCCUUUCGGGAGGACGAAGGCGGAGAGCCUCCUGACCCAGACUCGGAAUCCUGCCUUGUGGCCUCAGCAGCUCCUGCACACUUCUACUGCUUUACCCCCCACAGUUCAGGUGCUGCUGCCAAGAGUGGUAGCCACCAUGACUUUGCAGGGAAUGGCCAGUCGCAGACUCUUGACAGUGGCCAUGAAGAUGAGGGAGAAGGAGAGCAGGAUUCGUCCUCCAAAAUAGAAGAGAAAGAGAGUGGAGAUGUUGAGCUGGAGCAGCCAAAUGGUCCUGCUCAGAUUAAAUCUGAAGAAAAUGGAGUGGGAGAAGGAUCUGAUCCAGCAGAGUGUUCCCAUCCUGCAGAAUUUCGGGUAGAUAAUAAUCACCUACUACUGCUUAUGAUUCAUGUCUUCCGGGAGAAUGAAGAGCAACUCUUUAAGAUGGUGAGAAUGAGUACAGGCCACAUGGAGGGGGAUCUGCAGCCUCUCUUUCUUCUGCUAACAGACUGUUAUAUUUACCUGUUGCGGAAAGGAGCAGCAGACAAGCCAUAUAAUGUAGAGGAAGCUGUGUCCUACAGUGAACUGGAUUACAUAUCUGUGGGUUUGGACCAGCAGUCAGUCACUCUGGUGUGCACUAACAGAAGAAGGCAGUUUCUUCUGGAUACUGCAGAUUCUUCACUCACGAUCUGGUUCCUCAGUAUGCUUGAGUCUGCAAUGAAGAACAGCUGUACUGAACUGCCUUACCCUGCUAUACUGACUGAUGCGACUAUGGAGAAGCUGGCUCUGACUAAGUUUGUGUGCCAAGAGUCACACUGUGAGGUGUCAGAGGUCCAUAUUCGUCUCUAUUCCCUCGUUCACUGGGAGGACCCCAUGGAAGUGGGUGUGGGCACUCCCAGCUCUCCGUCAGGCUCAGGGAAGUCCAGCAGCACCAAGGAAGGAGCACUUCUAUAUCGAACUGGGACUUCAUACCUGGGGAAGGAGCUAUGGAGGAGUUGUUACCUUGUUCUCAGCAGUGGCACCCUCUUCUUAUAUACUGAAAGGACUGACGUUAUUCCAUUAAUGUCAAUUACCAUGGGGGGUGAGUACUGUGGAGGCUGCAGACGGUCAAACAGCACGGAGAGGCCGCAUGCAUUCCAGGUGAUCCUGACUGCACGCGCUCCUCUAGAGCUGAGUGCUGAAAACGAGCUGGACAUGGCAGAAUGGAUGCAGCUCAUCUGUCAGGCUGUGUCUAAAGGAGUGAUUCCACAGGGAGUAGCGCCAACACCUUGUAUCCCAUGCUGCCUUGUUCUGACUGACAAGAAGCUGUUGACCUGUCAUCAGGAUUGCCAGACCAGUUUUUUCCGUUCGCUUGGUGCAGCUGAUGUCAGUGACAUCACGGCUGUCUGCCUUGAGGAGGAUAAAGAAUAUUGUGUUAUUGAAUUUGCAACCGACCGCUCUCAGUUCCUUCCCCCAUGGGUUCUUUAUUUUAGUGGUUGUGGGGAGAGGAAUCGGCUCUUGGAGGAACUUGGUUCUGUGUGGACAUCUAUAUUUCAGGUCUCUCUGGCUCGUAAGGCUUUAUCAGAUGAGCUGAUGCAGAACCGGUGCAGAGAAGCCCUGGAGUUAAUGAGGAGUGCCUGGCAGAGGAGUGAUAGUCUACACAGAGGGAGGUGCCACAGAGACCCAUGGUGCUGAGAGCCUGUCAGUCGGGCCAGGAUAGAUUGGGGGCAAGUAUUUGUAGGUACAAACAGCAGGCUGUGUGAGGCCGGAAACACACAUCAGCAUAUUGCACAAAUGAGUUGGCGUACUAAACCUUUUAACCUAAACAAAUGGGAAAGGGUGUGGGUGGGUGGAAAGGGGGGAGAAGAAAAAAGGAAAAAAAACAAAAAAACAACCAGAGUAAGCUGUAAACACUGUGCAUGCGGUGACUGGCUACAAAUGGAGGUCAUUAAUGAAAAUUCAAACACUUUGUCACACAUGUACAGUGUAAAUACAGAGUUCUUGGUUAACGUUACUUUCCUCCUUGUAAAGCUCUGUUUAUUAAAUACCUCACUAAAACGCAUUAUGUAUGCAAAGGUACUUUUUGAUGGACUUCAGUCAAUGGUUUACUCUCUUGACUGUUACUGAAACAUGGUUAUUUUCUGGCUGCUAAAUGUUGAUGCUGAAUAUAUCGUCAAAUCCCGCCGCAUGUUCAGCACUGCAUAAAGAGAACAAAAAAUGAAAUGAUUGAGCAGGUUAUGAAGGAAAGACGAUGCUUGCUUGAACCAGAAUGCAAGAUUGCACAUACUUUUUGCGUUGUUCUGCAUUGCUUUUACUAACAUCAUCUAUUCUGAUUUUACUCAUGAGGCGAAUGUAAUUGCUGUGCGACAGAUAAUCCAUCAGCCUGGACGAAGCUUUUUGCUCAUGCAUUUUAGGGCCUAAUGCUUCUUUUGGAAACUGUAGCCAUGUAAUCCUUAAUUUUAUUUGCAAUUUUAUCUUUUUGUAUUUAUUGCCUUAGCCAACCAGUGUUUAAGCAUUGGUCUGUGAAACUGCUUUUAUGUCUCCCAGAUCCCAUCACCUUUAGAUGAGUUUGCUUGACUUUUACGGAACCACUUUGUUGAGAACCACACAUGCUCCAUCCAUGUAAAACAAAUGGCUUGCUUGGUCAUAUUGUACAUUUUAUACACAAGUGUGUAAUUAUGCUUGAGAACAUUGAGACUAUCCUAACGUUAAUUAAAAAAAAAACAUUUUCAGCAGUUCCUUUUUAAAUUGAAUAGCCAUUCCAUGAUUCUGCCAUACCAUCACAAGGUACACUCUGGUAAUACCGCUGGUGGUUUUUUUUUUUUUUUUUUUAAAUUUAGGUUUGUGAGCACUUUUGAGAAUGUUUCACAGGCUGUUAUGGCUUAACGUGAUAAGUUAUGGAACCUCAGGUUUGAAGAAGUUUGUCCGAAUUAACUGUAACCUGGAUGUUUGGACAUUGCUGGGCAAUGGUGGAUUAGAGUUGGAAUGAUGAAAUUGUAUACAUUUUUUUAAAAUAAAAUAUGUAAUGUGUAUGUACAUAUUCUGUUUGUAUUUAGUUCCUUGAUUUAUAUGUAUGCUUUGGCAUUGUUAACCUUUGGUCUAAUACUUGAUUUUAAAUGCACUAAAUACUGCAUGAUUUUUUUUUUUUUGGAUUUUUUAAAAUGUUCUCACCAUUUUGUUUUGUAAAUGGGGAAAUAAACAAAUGUAAAAUA